AUGAUUGUCUAUGAAAUCCACCGUUCUGUGAUCCAGAACCCUUAUAGCUCGGAUUCCUUUACAGUUCGUCGACAUGAGCUCAUGGAAGAUGUCGAAAGCAACUCGACUCUUCUAUGUUUGAACCCUCACUCGUUUGGUGAAACAGGUUCUUUUUCCCCGAUGAUCUCCCAGCAUGAGAUUGUGAACACUCGUGAUAAUCGAGAAACCAUCAGGGUUCGUGCUCGGGUCAAAUAGUUGACCAGGACGGAGGGUAACUCAUUCUUCCUCUAAUGGCUCGGGAGCUUUAGUCUUAGCGUUUGCCCGGCCUCGUGAAUAGGCGUUCACGAUGCUGAACUUUGGGAGUCCUUUGCUUUGGGACAUUUCAUCUGUCCCAAAAGGAUAAUGGAUCUCCUUCUGGCCAGGAGUUCAUUGUAAUGCCAAUUUAAUCGAUAGAAGACGGGAAUCGACCGCGAUUUCGUUGAAUAUUCAAUCGGAACUAACUUGUUCCCUAUCGAGACGUUUGAGAUCUGUCAGUGGUGAUGUACCGACUGACGUUCAGGGAAAAGGUCUUUCCCUCCGUCCUGAACUUCAAUAUCUCGGAAUAGUUCGAUCCAAUCUAUUCUAUGUUGGCUUUAUUUCAACAAUUAGGAAAAUUUUUUCCUCUUGGCGAGGUCGAGUGCUCGAAGCUUUCUCGUGCGUCGCGACUUUGCUUUAGUGCGAUUUCCUGUCAACACGCUCCGUUUCUCUUGUUCGAGAAAAAAUCCCUUCUUAUGGAUCGUAUCGAAAUGAUUGACUUCUCUGAGGUUUUUCGCUCCUAUCUUCUAAUGAAGAACGUUUAGAAAAACAAACGGAGCUUUCAGAAAUUCGAUAGAUAUCGUCUUUUCUUCCUGCUCUAGGAACUGGCAAAGUAGCUUCUCUUUCCGCUACUGUGUUCGCCAGGUUCAAGGAAUCUGUCGUCUUUGACGACGAACCGCGUCGUGAUUCUCUCGGUUAUAGAGUUUAUGCCACACUCUCCUCUAUGCUUCAUUUUGGAUCAUCUCCAAAUCGACUAAAAUCAGUCGACAUCAUCCUUCUGUUCAGGAACUAGAGAUACCGCUCUCUUUGUUGCGAGCGUGUAUGUACCCCUGGAGUUGGCAGCCCAGUUAUGAACCUGGCUUAUCAUCAGCAUAUCUUUCUGCUUUUCAGCAUACCUCUGUGCUUCAUUGCAGAUAAUUCUGCCUUGUAUGUUAUCCUCUUUCCUCAUGGAAUUUGGGUUCUGAUGACCGCUUCUCACUCAGCGAGGAUCGCAAUGAAACUCCUCUGACGCCUUCUCUUCUCCGAGAAGUACUACACCGUCAGACAGAAUCAUGUUUCCAGAAAUUUCAGCUUCUGGGGCACUAUGAUCAAAAAUGCGUAGAAUCUUUGCGGAUUUAUGGAUUGAAUAAUCUGCAUUCUUUCAUAAGAUUCUAGUCGAACCCUGGUUUCUCAAGGUGACAUGCAUCUGGCUAGUUCAGGAUUGCACUUCCUGUUCGCCAAUCGCCUCGUGUCUGAUAUAGGCAUAACCAACGGCUUCAGUUUGUUACUGGAAACCUCAACUGGUUUUCCUCAGGUUGACAAAUUUCUUUGUCCUUGCCUGAUUCGUUCGCGAGGACCCGGGUCUCGACAAAAUUUACUUCGGAGUUCCAGAAUUGGUCCUAUUUGGGAUCAACAGUUUCUUGUUGCUCUGAUCCGGGUAGUGACUCUGACUGUCAGUGAGACCCCGGACCUUGGUUCCUUCACGGAUCCACUUUCGCUUAAUUUACGGAUAUCUGUCUCCGUUGGUUUAAGCGCGGUCCCUGUGGGUUGUGUAUCACAGGGGCCUCAGACCUCGGUUCCAUGUUGGAUCCGAUUUUUGGUUCGAACCAGGUGAACGAGAUCUCCUGGUUCUCACCAGGAUCCUGUCUGACUCCGACAGGACCCCGACCGAUCUGUAGCACAGGGCCUCAGACCUCGGUUCCAUGCUGGAUCCGAUUUUCGGUUCGAACCAGGUGAACGAGAUCUCCUGGUUCUCACCAGGAUCCUGUCUGACUCCGACAGGACCCCGACCGAUCUGAUGAUCAGUCGCGUCGACCGAAGAGCUUUGAACAGCUGGGAAUGA